GGACUGACAGACAGCUGGCAAGAGGCAGCCUGAGGGACACAGCUGCUUCAGCAGUCCUCAUGGCUGAGUGAGCUUUCCUUGGCCCAGCAAUCUACCCCAGCAUGGUCCAGGUCUGUGAGGGGCGCUCCAGAGCACAGCCACCGACCUUGUUUUGGGGGGCAGCCAUGACCCAGCCUCCACCCACCAAAGCUCCAGCCAAGAAGCAUGUGCGCCUGCAGGAGAGAAGGGGCUCCAGUGUGGCUCUGAUGCUGGAUGUGAGGUCUUUGGGCACCGUGGAACCCAUCUGCUCAGUGAACACACCCCGGGAAGUCACAAUACACUUUCUGCGCACAGCCGGACACCCCCUUACACGCUGGGGUCUACAGCACCAGCCACCCAGCCCCAAGCAGCUAGAGGAGGAGUUCCUGAAGAUCCCCUCAAACUUUGUCAACCCUGAAGAGCUGGAUAUCCCUGGGCAUGCCUCCAAGGACCGAUACAAGACCAUCUUGCCAAAUCCCCAGAGCCGCGUCUGCCUCAGCCGGGCACAGAGCCAGGAAGAUGGCGACUACAUCAAUGCCAACUACAUCCGAGGCUAUGAUGGCCAGGAGAAGGUCUACAUUGCCACCCAGGGCCCCAUGCCAAACACUGUAGCGGACUUCUGGGAGAUGGUGUGGCAAGAAGAAGUGUGCCUCAUUGUCAUGCUCACCCAGCUUCGAGAGGGCAAGGAGAAAUGUGUACAUUACUGGCCCACAGAAGAAGAAACCUACGGGCCCUUCCGGGUCCGCAUCCAGGACACUAAAGAACACCCGGAAUAUACUGUGAGGCAGCUUACCAUCCAGCACCAAGAGGAAUGUCGGUCAGUAAAGCAUAUCCUCUUCUCGGCCUGGCCAGACCACCAGACUCCAGAAUCGGCUGGGCCCCUGCUGCGCCUGGUGGCUGAGGUGGAGAGCCCAGAGACAGCGGCCAACUCUGGGCCUAUCGUGGUCCACUGCAGGAAUUGGCCGGACAGGCUGCUUCAUCGCCACCCGCAUCGGCUGCCAGCAGCUGAAGGCCCGAGGGGAAGUGGACAUUCUGGGCAUCGUAUGCCAACUGCGCCUAGACAGAGGAGGCAUGAUCCAGACUGCAGAGCAGUACCAGUUCCUGCACCACACGCUGGCCCUGUAUGCAGCCCAGCUGCCCCAGGAGCCCAGCCCCUGAUCCCUUUGGCCUCCACCAGUCCAGGGACAACCUCCCUGCAGGCCUGGGAUGGUGGAUCUGGGGAAGUGGGCUGUGUGCACUGGGACAGCUUCUCCAUAGGCACAGAAAAGGGGACUUCAUGAAUGAGGAUGCUUACAGUCCCAGAAAACUGCUCCAGCAAGCAACAGGAGCCUGGUCAUGGAGCUUCACCACCAACCACUCCUCUGCCUUCUCCAGUGACCCCCGGUGGACUAUAGGGGAGCUUCCGGUGGCUCUAAACUUACAGACAGGAGCUGGUACUUGAAAUGGACUGAGAAAGAAGCUGGGGUGCUCAUCUUUAUCUCAUGUGCUCUCUGUGGGCUUUUUUCCCAUUGAUGGCACCAAGAGUCAGCCCUUUGCUGCCAUCAUAGAAGCAAACAGAAUGUUCUUGAAAACCAUUCAAGAUGUAGCCACGCCGUUGGGGCUGCUGAGACAGUAACUGCUGAAUCCUCUUCCAUUAAGGCCUUGCCCACACAUGGGACAGAUGCAAGAGCAGGGAAAAGUCUGGUCUAACCUUGGCUAAAUCCUCUACAUCCUACAUAGAUUGCUCCAUCCCAUAUACCUGCGACCCCCCUCAGAAGACAACAAGGACCCCGAUUGGCCUGCCUCCACACGUGUCGUAAGAGGAGAUGCAGAGGUGACCAGGCCUAGCAGCUGAGAUCACUGGAAGAGCCAGGUGUGACGAUGCAUACCUGUCAUCCCAGGAGCACUCAGGAGCAGAAGCAGGGGGAUUGCUGCAAGUUGGAGCCUGGCUAGAUCUACAUUUUUUGAGUUCCAAGCCAGCCAGAACAACGUAGUAAAACCUUAUUUUAAAUUGGAAAAAAAAAUCAAUCUUGAGCUCUCUGGGAGAGACAAUGUAUAGAGGCAAUGUAUAGGAGCCAUUCAGAGAUCAGGCAGCUCCUGCUGCCUCUGUGGCUUCCUACCAUCUGCUCCCCAACCACUCUCUAGGGAAGCACGCUCUGCUUUUCUUCCAUGACUUUAGAGCAUGCCCUGGGUAUCCAUGAAGUACCAAAGAAAGAGGAGAGAAGAGACGAAGGGCUGUGUAUGGUUCUAGAAACCUACCCGCCACAUCUUCCCGGUCCUGUAUUUAUGUACAGAGCAUACCUGGAUAGCUUAACUCAUUCCAGAAACAGGCUGGGCUGUCACCACUGCACACAGCACAGGGCUAAAACCAAACCUCAGGCCUCAUCCAUUUCCGGGGACCCACAACCUAUCUUAGGGUUGAACUAUAUACCCCAGAAAGCCACACAAGCCCUGAGUCACCCUUGAUCCAGUUUGGGCUACCUGUGGGGAUGAAGAUGGGAUGCUAUUCCUGCUGUCUGGUCCUAGCUCCUGGGCGUGCUGUGGCUCACAUGAGUCCUCUGUGAAAACUGCAAGGAGCUCAGUCCUGGUGAGUGACUGCCCUCUCUGAAGGACACGCAGUGCUACUGGGCAGGGAGGCACAAGCCUGAGAUUCGCACUUGGAAAGCAGAGGCAGAAGAAUCAAGAGUUCCAAACUAGCCUUGGCUACCUGUGACCCUAUCUAAAAAACAAAUAAAUAAAAAGAAACAAAAGCAAGCAAACAAAAAGUGUAGCUUUGGUGCUUGUCCUGGAACUAGCUCUUAUAGACCAGGUUGGCCUUGAACUCACAGAGAUGCGCCUGUCUCUGCCUCCUGAGUGCUGGGAUUAAAGGUGUGUGCCACCGCCCCCCA